CCUCUCUGAAGUCACCACGGGCUCCUCGCCGUGCACGAGCGGGGAGGGGAGCAUGGGGAGGCCAGGGCUUUGCUUAAGCUGCAGAAAGGGAGGCGGCGGCGGCGGCGGCGAGAGAGAAGGCGAGUGCGCCCGCCUGGGGAAAGAGGACCCGCCACGAGCCCAGGCGCCUGCCGAGCUGCGGGACUGAGGCGCGCAGGGAUACCCUGGACAGCGCCCCGCGCUUCUCUGCCACUCCCUGUGCCCAGAGCAGCAGCAGCUAGCAGAGCCCGCGCGCCCGCCCGCCCGCCCGCCCAGCGACCCCCUUGCCCGGCAACAUGGACCUUCUCAUCUUGGGAUUCAACUAUCUGAGGAAAGGAUUGUCAAAGAAUUAGAACUGUUAGUCCCCCCAAGUCCUGCUAUGCUGCCUCUUGCAGGAGCACCUAAAGGCUUUUGACCAAGAAGUAAAUGAGUUUGUGGACUAUAUGUUUGGAGCUAGAGAUCCCAGAGUCAGAGGAUGGUUCAUGCUGGAUUCUUACCUACCCACUUUGUCCCUCACUGUUGCAUAUCUGCUCUUUAUAUGGCUGGGGACCACAUUUAUGAAGAACAGGCCUGCUUUGUCACUCAGGGGUCUCCUUAUUGUAUAUAACCUUGGAGUCACAAUCCUUUCAUUUUACAUGCUUAUAGAGCUAAUUCUUGCCACUUGGGAAGGAGGUUAUAAUUUACAGUGUCAGAACCUGACCAGUGCAGGAGAAGCUGACAUCCGGGUGGCCAAGGUGCUAUGGUGGUAUUACUUUUCCAAAGUCAUUGAAUUUGCUGACACUGUUUUCUUUGUGCUGCGGAAGAAAAACAGUCAAAUUACUUUCCUUCAUGUUUAUCAUCAUGCCUCUAUGUUUAACAUCUGGUGGUGCGUCAUGAACUGGAUACCUUGUGGACAAAGUUUCUUUGGACCCACCUUGAAUAGUUUUAUCCACGUUCUCAUGUACUCCUACUAUGGAUUGUCUGUCACUCCAUCCAUGCACAAAUAUCUGUGGUGGAAGAAAUACCUCACUCAGGCACAACUGAUCCAGUUUUUGCUCACCAUUACACACACGCUUAGUGCAGUUGUGAAACCAUGUGGAUUUCCAUUUGGCUGCCUCAUCUUCCAGUCCUCAUACAUGGCCACACUGGUCAUUUUGUUUGUUAACUUUUAUAUUCAGACAUAUCAGAAAAGACCUUCAAGAACAGAUAAGAAAGAGGUCCCUCUGGUGACAAAAAUCAAGAAUGGGUUCCAUAAAGAGUACUUAAUUGCAGCUAAUGGUGCUUUGAAUAAUAAAAAAGCACAAUAAUACUAUAACACA